CAGACAAUAGUCUAUAAAAGGGCACUUAGCUGCUACAAUAUUGCAAUGCAUUGAGCUAUAACCCUAAACUACAACCUGGUAAUAGCGAAUUAUUAACGUAAUCAAGAAAUCUCGGUGAAACAAUGGCGUCGGCUCUGACCGGUAAGCUUGAAGGUGAUGUAGAGAUCAAGGCUUCCGCCGAGAAGUUUCAUGAUAUGUUCUGCAACAAACCCCACCACGUGUCCAACACCUGCUCUGAAAAGGUACAAGGAUGUGAGUUACAUGACGGUGACUGGGGGACUGAGGGUUCCAUUAUCUGCUGGAGUUAUGUGCAUGAUGGAGAGGCUAAGAAAGCAAAGCAGGUAAUUGAAGCAAUAGACUCUGAGAAGAACUCAAUCACUUUUAGAAUGAUUGAAGGAGACCUCAUGAAGGAGUACAAGAGCUUUGUAGUCAAAUUUCAAGCUACACCCAAAAGCGAGGGUGAGGGCAGUAUAGUGCACUGGACUUUCGAAUACGAAAAGCUGCACGAGGGCAUUGCACAUCCGGAGACCCUGCUGGAAUUCCUACUUAGUGUCUCCAAAGACAUCUCCGCUCACCUCACCCAAGGAAAUUAACGAUUGUCGAAUCCCAUGUUGUGUGCUACUACAACAAUAAGUACUGAUCUAAGAAUAAGCUUUCUUUCGUAUUUUAAUUUGAAUAUUUGUGUGUUGGAAUAUGCUGUAAGCCUGACGUGAGAAGCUUUCUGUGUUAUGGGCCAAGAGAACUUAAAAAAAAAAAAGGACACAGAGAAAGCUUUUUAUGUUCUUGUAUGUUUAUUUGUUGUUUUAUGUACCGAUUUGAAUGUAUCUUAUUUUGUGUGUGUGUGUGCGAUUUCUUAA